ACAAAACUUCUAAAAUAAAUAACAUGAUUAUCUCCCCUUUUUCAAUAGUCAACAUGACAGGAUGAUGAUGAAGAGGUGGCAUAAACAUACUGAGUCAGUCGUGUAAGGUUUCCCUGAUACCUCAACCAAAAUUCGUGUGAUGAGAAAACUUUUAAAGACCUACAAACCCUUGAAAUACAAAAUAUGACCAAUAUUUAUCAUGGAUUUGAACUUCUAUUGUUCAAGAAGUUUUCCUGUCAUCCUGAAGUUUGGUAUGGGUUGAGGAAGCAGAUUCAAGAAAAACUUGAAAAGAGCUCAGAUGAUGUCAUUGAUAUUAAUGAUAUAGUUCAGAAAGUUCCACAAGAGUUAUGGUACCUGUCAGUUUGCCUUCAUCGCCAACCAAAACGAUUGAUUCAGCUUUGUAAGCAUGACUCAAAGCAGCAUCAUAGGUUACCUAUAGACAACUUACUGACAACCUAUGUGGAGCUGUACAAGAUUACAGAGUUCCAUUUAGAUAGUAUAUUUAAGUUUCGUGAGGAUAGGACCUUACCUAAAGAGUUAUUUCGGUGCUACAAUAUGAGAAUACUCUCAUUGAAGUAUAACUGUUUAGAGGCUAUUCCUCCAGAUAUAGGACGAUUACGAAAAUUAAAAUAUUUAGCAUUAACAAAUAAUCGUCUGCAGAUACACUCGUUGCCAUAUACACUUGCCUUCUGUUCAAAAUUAAAAACAAUCCUGUUAGACAACAACCAAUUGGAUGCCCUUCCUGGCUUCCUGUUAGAGAUGCCAGGCAUUGAAACCGUCCAUCGCCAUGGCAACCAUAAUUAUUUCAAGUCAACUUUUAUGUGGUAUCACACAGAUGUAGACUUUCGGAUAAUUCCGACUUCAGGAACAAAUGUCCUUCCAGACACUUCACCGGACAUGUUACAGUUUCUUGCAGCUAAGACAAUUAUUGGAACACGUAAAGACUUUUUUAAUGAUCCUGAUGUGGCUGGCAUAUUGAAAGAUUAUAUAGCUGAUAUUUAUUCUUUGUUUAAUGUGUGUUCUCAUUGUAAUGGAGUCACUAGAACAUAUCUAAAAGGAUACAAAGUGAUUACAUUUAAGAACCCUUACCUUGGAAACACAUGUGUUCCUUUUAUGCAUUGGACUUGUUCCCUGGAAUGUGCCAAAGCUUUAGAGGUACCAGCUCGACAGGAACAGAUCAAAGCUGCAUACAUGUUAGACAGUAUGUAUGAACAGUAUAUUGUUGAUUGUCAACGACAGUUUGGUUCAAGACAUCAGCCAGGAUUUACUUGCCCUUGUAUUUCUUCAGAAGAUGAUACUAAGAGUUGCACUAUAUUGUAGCAGGCCAUUUAUAAUAUUGAAUAUUUUGUCACUACAUGUAUAUAUAACUGAUGUUACCAUGUUUUAGUGCUUUUAUAAAAAGUCAACAGUUCAGUUGUAAUAUAUCUUACAAAGCUAGAACAGAAACAAGAAAUCAUUAAUUAUUGGUGUCAGUCUGUUUCCUGUCAAGUUUUUCCUCAGAUACUGAUUCUGAAAGCAAUUUAUAAAAUGAAAAAAAAUCCAGUCUGUAGUUUAGAAGCCUCUGACCUUAAACUCAUUUUCAAUUUCCAUUGAUCAAUGUAAGGAUUUUGUGAUCAAGUCCAUUUCUCUAAUAUUACAAGCAAAAGUCAUAUUUUAAAUUAGAUUUUAUAUUUUGUACCGUGGUUUUUAAACCAAAAAGAAAGAUGUGUCAGGCAUAAUCUUUUAUGGGCACAGACUUUUCUCAUUUAAUUAAUCAUAGAAACAAACAAAGUGUUGAAAGACUGAUUUGUUUGUAAAGGUGAAUUAGUCCUACAACAGAAUCAUCUUGCUUGCCUUAUUGUGUGAAACAGUUCAAUUAUAAAAACUUUUUUUGGCAGUCUGUUAAUAGCCAAAGCAAAUUGUCAGUGAGUAUUUAAUUGUUAUAAGGUAUAUUGAUAGUAUUUUUUUAUAUGACUAUUAUGUGAUAAACUAGUCAAGAUGGAAUUGGUAUACAAGUUUAAAAGCAAUAAGUGCUAUGCAUGUUUCAUAUGUGUAUUAGGAAUGAUAUUUUAAGGUCAUACAAAUGUUUUAACACAAGUCAUAUAUAAGGGUAUACAAAUUGUCAUUCUUGCUAUCUUCAAGAUAUUUAUAUUACUUUCUUGAAUACUUAUCAACCAUUGUUUGUUUUUUUGUUAAAUCGUAUUUGGACUCUAUUUUAGAUAUUAAUCUGUAGCAAAUCAUGCAAUUUAUGAUUCAACCAACAAAAAGCUUCUUAUAUUUCAGGGGCGGAUCCAGCCAUUUUAGAAAGGGGGUUCCUAACCCAGAACAAAGGGGGGUUCCAACUACAUGUCCCCAUUCAAAUGCAUUGAUCAUCCCCCCAAAAAGGGGGGUUCCAACCCCCAGAAACCCCCCAUCUGGAUCUGUGCCUGUAUUUAUUUUUGAUAUUUCACAAACUCAUUCAUGUACAUCAUGAAGUGGAUUAUUAUUCUUCACAUAUUGCCUGGUCAGGAAAGAAAAUUGACAUGAAAUUACAAUGGAAUAUAUUUCAUAAUAUGGAGUUGUCUUUCUGUUUCUAACUUUUAAAAUGCAUUUCAUAUGAUACAUGUCUCUAAUAAUCAUGGGAAAAGUAUAAAUUAAGAGUGCUUUUCAAUGUAACUAAAUUCAGAAAUUAAUGAGAUUGAUGAAAAAUGAACAAAAAUGUGAGUUCAGUUAUUGCAAUUUUUUGAAACACUGCAUACAGUAAUAUGUACCAGAUUACAAAAUGCAUGCUCUGAUCAUUGCAAUACCCCACAAUUAUUGAUAAAUUUACAGUAACUUUGCUUUCUUAACAAAAUAUAAAAAAAACCUAAUAAGAUUGCUUUCUGAUCAUGAGUCACCUUUUCCAUGAUUCUUUAAUAUGUGGAUAAGUUCUUUGAAUGACCUCCUGUCUGCUUGAGAUGCGCCCAGGUCAAUUACACUGUUAUAGAGUUCGACUCGUAACCGGGAAGAAGAAAAUAGAACAUUUGUUAUUUACCUCAAUAGUUAUAUAUGUCAUUAUGAAUAUGUUUUAAUGAUCUGAUCACACUUAUUGUUUAAUGUCACGUCUAUGUUUUCCUUUACAAGAAUCUCACCAAGUGAGUUGAUUGGAACUAAUCAGGCCACAUCGUUUGUAUGAGAAUGUACAUGUAUGUCCUUUUAACUCAUUUAAAUGCCUGUUUUGAGUUGUUUAGUUUAUAUGAUAAAGAAUUUUGAAAAUUCAGGUCAACACCUCUCAUGGGGAAUAACCGCCAUAAAUCAGGAUAGUCUGCAGGCCUAUGUGAAGAAUUUAUCUUUGUUUCAAAUAUAGAAAUACUUGGCAUGAGUAAAGAUUUAUCCUGUCCAGUACUAUGGAAAAAAAUCACAUAACAUGUCAUUGCAUAUAAGAAAAUAAGCAUAAUUGGAAGUCAACCGAUCAAAUUUCUCCCCUUAUUUUAUCUGUGUACAAGGUUCAGUAACCAUGUAACCUCAAGAUUACAAAAUAUUCUAUAGAAAUCCCAAAUAAAAAAAAUAAUGGUGUUUUGAAAUACCAAAGACAUGUGUUUAUGACACAGAAAUGGUUUUACUGCAAUAAAAUGUAGGAUUAAUUGCCUACAACUGUCAAAUUCAAGGGAAUACUUUUUUUUCAACCUAUUUUCGUAAACAACUGGAUGUGAUGUACCAUGAUUUGGUGGUAUUACACCUAAAAAGAUUUUAAGAUAGUAGGAUACAGUAGCAAUAGACACUAUGAUAUAUAAUUAUAUUUUUAUAUGUUGUACAAAAUAUGAUCUGCAUUCAGAAAUACUGUUCUGUCACCAUAUAUGUAUUUUGGGAAAGUAAACAUUUGGAUGAUUAGGAGCUUUAUAAAUUUGUUACUUACAAAAAGUAAUGCAAGAUGCAAUUUUAUGUUUUUAAAAGCCUUUAUGUGAAAAUAUUGUUCAUAAUUUUUAUCUUGAGAACAAAACUUCCUGUAAUGUUUAUCUUUGUUAAUAAUAGAUUGUAUGUAAAAUAUUAUGUCUAGAAAAUAUAUAUGUAGUGACUUCCUGUUCACAAUAAGAUUGUGUCAUUCGAAGAUGAUAUUAUUGUGUCAAGGGACCAGAAUAAUAAUAGAAAUGUGUCAAAGGGAAGAUAAUUAUGUCCAAGAUCACACAGUUGAAGUUUUUCUUCAAAAUAAUCACAACUAUAUAACAAUUAAAAUUAGACUGCAUGCAUUUAUUUAAACCUUUGAAGUUAUGUUGUUAAAAACACCACUUUAGUUUCAUCACAUAUAAAUAAAUAAUAGACUUACACAGAAAUAGAUUGAAAAGUUUCUAUUUUAAUUUAAAUCAAUAGCUCUCUUAAAGUGUAACAUUUUUUUCCAAACAAAGAGUUAAAAAUAAAUACCUUUCUAUAUUUGAAAUGUCACUCUUUCAGAUAAAACAAAAUGAUUUUGAAAUGUAAUAGUAGGUUUAUUCAAGGAUCACUAUACAAAUCCUUGGUUUAUUAUAGACUAAUAUUUUACUAUUCUCUUAUCAAACUAACCAUAACAUUGAUGUUUUUAUUGUAUGAUAGUUAAACCGGCUCAUUAGAAUUGACACAAGGGGAGAUAAUCCUCUUAUGUAUAAUUGAUUUAAGGGGACACAAUCCUCUCAUGUAGAAUUGAUAUAAGGGGAAAUAAUUCUCUCAUGUAGUUUUGAUAUAAGGGGGACAAUCAAGUUUUGUAGACUUGAUUAAAGGGGAUGUAAUCCUCCUUGUUAUGAAACCAUUAUAAACUGUGAUAUGUAAUAAAACAGCUAAUAAUUAAA